AGUAGAUGGCAAGAACUUCAGGUGUAAACUGGUUCCACUGUUGGUACGUAAGCUUAACGCUUUUAGUUUUAUGUAGACAGGAACCCAGUCAACUAGUGACGCAAGGAGUGGAAAUUCCGGUGUUGUGCAAGCCGAAAUCUGUUCUAAUGUACUGCCUCAAUCUGUGAUCCCCAUCUCAUACAGGUGCCACACAUACGCUUCAUAUAUCGAUUCCUUCACAUUCUUCAGUACACAUUAUUAGCACAGGAAGCGAUAUGAGAUGGACUUCAUGUUUGCAAGUCCCCAGAAGAAGGAUGUAGAUGCUGAAGCGCUGAAGCUCGCCACACAGUCUCUACAAAGCCUUGAACAACUUCGACUGAAGGUGAAGAGCUCACCAGUGCAAUACAGUGAUGGAGUGUCCGUCAAGAUCCGGUCAACUCUGGAUGAGCUGCGUGACAUCAAAUCUCAGGUUGAGGGGAGCUUUGACAACUAUGUUGCAAUGUCUAUCAAUGAGCUCCCGCUCCAGGAGCUCCGACAGCUCACCUUGAUGCAUGUACCGACCUCACUCACGUCAGAGGUCAAGGACAAGUUUGGUGCUUUGUUGUCCAAGGUGUUUGAAGGGCGGGCCCGGAAGGUGCUGACGGCAGUGAUGUUGACAUGUCCGUGGUACGCAGCAUCCCAGCGAGAGCGAGGGGAGCAAGCUCGACACAACAUUAUUCUAGUGGUUUAUGUUGGGCAUGAUGACCAGUUCUUCACACCAGCAAACCCACAUAAUCAGAUAGAAGGGAAGGUCAUCGACCUGGGCUGGCUGCAGGCGGUGGAGUUGUCUCACUUCGGACACUUUGUGGCCAAGGGUCGGACUCGCUUUGUGGAAUCUUUGUUGUGUGGCCCACAGGCAGUGCUGUAUGACAGCACAGAGUGGGCCGCUCUCACCACGACACUGCAGCACACACAGGUCAUGGGUUCCCGGGGGUUUGUGGAGGCGUCGCGGGGGCAGGCGGUUGGAGGCAUCAGCAAGAAGAGGAAGACUGGUGGCCUGAAGCUGAAGGACACGACCACCUUCUUCCAGCUGUGUGAGUCAUGCAGACUCCUGCACCACCUUGAGCGGGUCCUGGCCGGGCGGUCUGUCUGUAGUCAGGUGGUGGAGGGAGACUUGUCUGACAUAGGCAGGAAAGCAUUGGACAUCCUCAAGUCAAUGUAUCAGGAAGGUGGGGGUACCAAACACGAGUUCUUCCCCAUCCUCGUCGAAUGGAAAGAGGAACUUGAUGCUAAGCUCAAGUCAUUCCAGUUUUCAAAGCCAGCAGAAUUAGAACAAGUCAUUGGUGGCUGGAUGGCGUCGAUGAGGCUACAAGGGAGACAACUCCAUCCUCUCACAUGUAUUGAGGAUGAGCGCUCGAGUCUGGUGAAGCUGAUGGAGAUGAUCGGAGGACCAGUCAAGAAGAUGGAGCCCAGCCAAAUACUCCUGGUGGCCCGGGCAGGGAGCUACAUGUAUGGGUUAUCUACCCCUGACAGUGAUGUCGAUUACAUGGUGGUGUAUGCUGAACCAAACAUGACGGUGCUGUCAGCAUGUCGCCAGCUGUCUGAGAGUGUGGAAAACAGAGGGCCCCAGAAGCAGUUUGAGUACGGAGCAUACGAGGCCCGGCUGUUCUGUGAGAUGGUGAUGAAAGCCAGUGUGGUUAUUCUGGAGCUGAUCUUCACAGAUAGCCAUGAAUACAUGAGUCCAGCAUGGAAGGCUCUGUCAGAAAAGAAAUCAAGCUUUGUGACAGAGAGAGGCAUUCAGCAGUACCUUGGCCUCAUCAAGAACAACUUCAACAUCAUUGAGAGCCAGAAACACAUUGGGUCAGGCAGGGACAGAAAACUCUUCUACCAGAUCUUCCACAAACUGGACAGUCUGAACUACAUGGCUCGAGGGGACUGCCCCCCGGUCAAGUGUGAGGGGGAGGUGCGAGACUUCAUCAUGAGGGUCCGGACACUCCCACUGGAGGGCGACCUGGAACGUGAAACGCUGCAUAAACUGGCCAGGGCCAAGUUCAACACACUGGUGUCGAAUCUGUCCAGGAGGGAGAACCGAUUGGCUGAAAACACAGACUACAGACUGAUGCUGAACUGGCUGAAGGCUGUCCGAGGUUUAGACUCGUAGAGGACAACUCAAGCAAUACAUGCUAUUGCUGCGCUUACUACGGGCUAUUGCUGAACUGGCUUAAGGCUGUCGGAGGUUUAGUCUCGUAGAGGACAACUCAAGCAAUACAGGCUAUUGCUGGACUGACUACAGACUGAUGCUGAACUGGCUGAAGGCUGUCGGAGGUUUAGUCUCGUAGAGGACAACUCAAGCAAUAUAGGCUAUUGCUGGACUGACUACAGACUAUUGCUGCACUGGCUGAAGGCUGUCGGGGGUUUAGUCUCGUAGAGGACAACUCAAGCAAUACAGGCUAUUGCUGGACUGACUACAGACUGAUGCUGAACUGGCUGAAGGCUGUCGGAGGUUUGGACUCGUAGAGGACAACUCAAGCAAUAUAGGCUAUUGCUGGACUGACUACAGACUGAUGCUGAACUGGCUGAAGGCUGUCGGAGGUUUGGACUCGUAGAGGACAACUCAAGCAAUACAGGCUAUUGCUGGACUGACUACAGACUGAUGCUGCACUGGCUGAGAUUCUGUCGGAGGCUUAUCCUCAUGCUCUAGCAAACAGACAACAGGCUGAACUGGCUGAAAGUGUCCGAGGUGUGACCUCAUAAAGUUGGGGAGAGGAAUUGUCAGCAGAUCUGCCUACUGGUGGCAAGCUGACAUACUAAAGUAAUAUUCCGUGGCUAAGGCUGGAGGACAGAAACACAGACAGGGUGUCUAGUACAGGCUGAAUUAAUUUUUUAUAGAUAAUGCAAGUUUAUCGUUUGUAAAAUAACUCAGGAACAAGAGAAUCUAGAAUCAGUUAUUACUGAAAAUUCCUCCUCACAUGACAAGUACAUUCUUAGUUCACCUUGGCAUCAUUGUUUUAUAUUUGCACAUUAAACCUACUAGGUUUGUAUUAUGUCCAUAUAUUCAGAUAUCUAUGUUGUACUGUAAGUAUUAGUAUUUUCUGACUUUUGUCCCACCACAGCCGAUGACGGACCAUCAAGUCAAGGUCGGCUCUGUUUUCUCCAUACAUCCUGUUGCCAUGGUUACAUGAUACUGUAAUACUCUUGAUGUGAUAGUCAUUAUUGUUAUUGUUGUUAAGAUCCUUUCUGUGAUGAAGUGUUGAAUAUAUAUUUACCUUGUAUCAUUGUCGUAGUCUCAUAUAUAAAGUGUACCCUCGAGGGCUGGGACGGGUCACUCGGGAACUCUGGUUGGGUGGAUGUUGAGUAGGACCUGGAUACCCACAGGACUACCCGGACCUGUGGUUAGUCAUGUGAUAUAUUGUUUGAUGACCAAAACUCACUAUAGCUCAGUGGUUACACUACAAGUCGCCAAUGUUUGCAUUUCUCUCUGACAAAGCACAUUCCUUCUGACGAGUAUAUGUUUGAGUGAACAAAGUUUCAGUCAACUUCAGUGUAUGUAUGAUCUGAUCAUUUGAUACAUGUAUCUAAACAGUUCUUGCCAGGGCUGCAGUAAAACUAUUCCGAGUCAGACAUUUUGUUCCCACAUCUUGAGACCUACAGUGGGUACCCAGGUAGAGCCGGGUCGGGUGCUCAGGUUCCCUGGUAGUAAAUUUGGACUCGUCCCAGCCCUAGUACUCUCAUCUAUGCAUGUUAUACUGUCAGGGCCACAUGUUGCUGUGGGUUUCUACCCAUCACUUCAGGCUUACUCCUUGUUAAGCUGACAUGCUGCAAUAUAACUCACACAAUGGUCAAUGUUGUGUGAGACCUACUCGCUCUCACUCACGUUUCUUUCUAUGGACACAAAUCACUCUUUAAUUUCCAGGUAGCCUAGUAGCCUAGUGGUUUAAGUGUUCCCUCGUCACAUCAAAGGUUCGAUUCCCAACAUGGGUGCAAUGUGUGGAGCCCAUUUCUGGUGUCCCCCGCUGUGAUAUUGCUAAAAGUGGCGUAAAACAAUACUCACUCACUCUUUUAAUUUCUUCUUUAUACCGAGGCAGUGGGGUAGCCUAGUGGUUAAACAGUUCGCUAAUCACUCUGAAAACCGGGGUUCGAUUCCCCAUAUGGACACAAUGUGUGAAGCCCAUUUACUGGUGUCAACCGAUGUGAUAUUGCUGGAAUAUUGCUAAAAGUGGCGUAAAACCAUACUCACUCACUCUUUUAAUUUCUUCUUUAUACCUGAUAUUCCUCUUCACUUCAGUUAUGAUUGUAAUUAGAAGUUUGCUUUGUUAGAUCUGGUUGUACCAUUUCUGAUCCGGUUACCAUGGUGAUAUCCAGGAGAGGAUGAUGACUGGUUUAUGAAAGUGACAACUAAAAUCAGGAUAUUCACAAUUAUUUAUGCACACUGCCACAACAUUAGGUCAGAUGAAAUACUGGUUGUUUCUCAACCUCAUCCAAAUAUUCUAGCUGACACUCAAAUAUAUUUUCUUCCUCUAGGCUGAAUUGUUUGUCUAUCGUUUGUUUGUGUUUGUUCUUGAAAGCCGAACUCAGCAAUAAUCCAGCUAUAUGACAGCGGUCUGUCUGUAAAUAAUCGAGUCUGGACCAGACAAUCCAGUGAUCCCGUUAGUCGCCUCUUUCGACAAGCAUAGUCGCUUUUUACGGCAAGCAUGGGUAGCUGAAGGAUUUGUGUGAGUAUAGAUAAAACUUAAGCCAAAUUCAGUGUAUGCAUGACCAGAUCGUUUUACACAAGUAUCUAAAUACAUUUUGCCAGGGCGACAGUUAAACUAUUCCCAAUCGGACAUAUCUCUUGAGACCUACAACGGGUACCUGUGUAGGGUCGGGUAAUAGGGGGUGGGUACCCGGGUAGUAAAUUUGGACUCGCCCCAGCCCUAUAAGCCCUUACAGCUGGAGUUCAUUUGUCAUCCAAUUACUGUAUGAUCCAAAUAAACAUUUAAUCAUA